GGAAGUCGAGCGCUUGCCUGGGUCAGUGAGGGGCGGUUUGCUCCCAUUGCACUUGCCGCUCUGCUUUAGGCCAUUCCUUGGCCUCCCCGCCUGCCCUCAGUGAAGGGCACGUUGUGUAUCCCCUCGCCCUCGGUCUGUUUUCGGUCGGGUUUUCCCGCUGAGUUUCUCGGCUCUUCGCGGGGUUGCGUUCCAUCCAUGGCGGGGGCCGCCCAGACCACGGCCUUCGGGCAGGCGGUGAUCGGUCCGCCGGGAUCUGGGAAGACCACGUACUGUCUGGGCAUGAGUGAGUUCCUGCGCGCGCUGGGCCGGCGCGUGGCCGUGGUGAACCUGGACCCGGCCAAUGAGGGGCUGCCGUACGAGUGCGCGGUGGAUGUGGGCGAGCUGGUGGGGCUGGCAGACGUGAUGGACGCGCUGCGGCUGGGGCCCAACGGCGGCUUGCUCUACUGCAUGGAAUACCUAGAGGCCAACCUGGACUGGCUGCGUGCCAAGCUCGAUCCCCUCCGUGGCCACUACUUCCUCUUCGAUUGCCCUGGCCAGGUGGAACUCUGCACGCACCACGGCGCCCUGCGCAGCAUCUUCUCCCAGAUGGCGCAGUGGGACCUCAGGGUGCGUCUUGUUUCCGGCAGACCCAUUGUGCAGAUGGAGGAACUCAGGUUUAGGGAGGAGAGCAGGUGUCACGUCCCCAUGUCACACAGUGAGCUGACUGCUGUCCACUUGGUGGAUUCUCACUACUGUACAGACCCAGCCAAGUUCAUUUCAGUACUGUGUACCUCCCUGGCUACCAUGCUGCAUGUGGAGCUGCCCCACGUCAACCUCCUUUCCAAGAUGGACCUCAUCGAGCACUAUGGGAAGCUGGCCUUCAACCUGGACUACUACACAGAAGUCCUGGACCUCUCCUACCUUCUGGACCACCUAGCUUCCGACCCUUUCUUCUGCCACUUCCGCCAGCUCAAUGAGAAACUGGUGCAGCUCAUUGAAGACUACAGCCUGGUCUCCUUCAUCCCUCUCAACAUCCAGGAUAAGGAGAGCAUCCAGCGAGUCUUGAAGGCUGUGGAUAAAGCUAAUGGCUACUGCUUCGGGGUCCAAGAGCAGCGAAGCCUGGAGGCUAUGAUGUCUGCCGCAAUGGGAGCUGACUUCCAUUUCUCUUCCACGCUGGGCAUCCAGGAGAAGUAUCUGGAACCCUCGGACCAGUCAGUGGAGCAGGAAACCAUGCAGCUAUAGCAAAAAGCUGGGCCCUGGAGGGCAGGACCACAGCCCUAGGGAGAGUGGCGACUCUUAGGGGGCAGCAGACAGACCAGCCAGGAGCAAAUCCUCCCAGCCAGUAUUGGGAGGCUGUCAAGGGAACACUCAGCUCUGCAAAGGACUGCUGACCAAAAAAGCCAGCCAAUGGCCCCAAGCAGAGCACCACUGCUCAUGAGCUGUGAGCCCUGCCCACAGGCACAUCAAGCACUGGCCCCACUCAGGCGCUGAUGGAAUGUGCUCCCACCGUACAAUAGCUCAUUUUCUACUUUUUGUGGCUUCCAAACUCUUCAAUCAUCCAGGCCCAGGGAGUUGGGGCAGAACAAGGGAAUGUCACCUUCCCUUGGAAGAGUCCUAGUUCUUCAUAUAGGGCACUGUUUCCCCUGAAGUACAGGAUCAUACUAGAAGAUGGACAGUCGGUUUUCAAUCAAGUGCUUUUGUUAAAUCUCCAGUUUUAACAAAGAGCCAGGCUUGAGCCUUCAGGGCAACACUUUCUCGCCAGACCUUAGUAACAUUUUAUUUUCAUUGUAUUUAUUUUACAGUUUUAUUCUAUUUUUGGCAAUUUUUACGAUUUUUCCAUUUUAGUGAUUAAAAGUUUACGUUAAAAAUGAAAUUAUUGUACAUUGUGAAUGUGAUUAAUGCUACUAAAUUGUACACUUAAGAAUAGUUAAAGCAAAAAAAGUUAAAGCAACAUUUUGUUACAUAUAUUU